AUGGGCUCGUCACAUCCUGUACCUCUGCAGGCCCGCUUGCCAGACACCAGCAGCUACCCCACAACUAAUCUGCAGGUGGAGAUGCUGGCAGUGGUGUAUCUGGUCUCAGCCCUUGCAUACACCACCUACCUCCUGCGAAUGUACACCAGGAUCACCUCAAAGCAGCUGGGACUUGACUACAAGUACAACUACUUCGGGGUCCCGGAGGCAGAACUGAAGCACAACAACCCCCACUUUGCAGGCCCACCUCUGUUCUUUACAAGGUGGCUGAACCAAGUGCUCUACGCCCCGAUCCUCGGCUUGGUGAAGACCUCCACGCUGGUCUUGAUGCUGCGGAUUGCGGGUCACAUGAGGGAUUUCAGGCGGUCGAUAUACGUCAUCAACGCCGUCAACCUAGCCCUCACAAUCUCCCAGUUCGUCGGCAUCAUCUUCGACAGGAUCCCAGUGGCGGCAUACUGGGACUCAAAGCUCCCCACCCAGCACCAAGUCGACACCGCGGCCUUCAUGACGGCAACGUCGACCCUGACGGUCCUGACCGACUUCCUGGUGCUCGCCGUCCCGUUCGGCAUCUUCGUCCGGUCCCAGCUCCCCAGGGCGACGAGGUGCGGCGUCAUCCUGAUCUUCAUGACCAGCGGCCUGGUCACAAUCAUGGGGAUAAUCCGCCUCUGCGUCCUCGUCGACGCCUACUACGAGCCCCGGGUCGGCGGCUACAUGGACUCGUGGGGGCCCUGCCUCAACACGCUCGAGUCGAGCCUCGGCGUCAUGACCGGCUGCCUGCCGACGCUGAGCCCGCUGCUGCGCGAGUGGUUCCCGCGCGCCUUCGGCGGCCUCUGGCGCGGCGGCACGGAGCAGAACGGGUUCCCCUCCCAGGGGGCAAGCAGGAACGGGAAGGGGAGGGCGGCGGCUGGUGGCGGCGGUGGUGGUGUCGUCGCGCUGUCGGACUUUAGCCGCCGCCACCACAACCCCCGCUCCAUCCACAUCGCGUACUCCAGCACGUCUCUCACGGACCAGCACCCCGGCAGGGCUGGCAGCGCCGGCGAGGCAUCGUCGCCUGCACUCUUGGAUCCGGCCAUGGUGCACGUGUGGCCUGAUCCUCGCUCGUGA